UCAGUCUGAAAAUGAGUUUCAGAGUCCUUUGUGAAUUAUCAUCAUUGGUAUAUGCUAGUGGUGGAACGAUCGCGGACACAGAUCAAGCCACACACCACCCAAUUGAUGAGCUGCCAGAGCAGCUCCGCUGAACACCAGACACCAGUUGACUGACAUCCACCGCCCGUUGCUCGCAGAUAGAUUAGAUGGAUGGAUGAUCAGAGGAUGGUCGCCGAGAUGCUAUACUUAAGGCUGAGUCUGGGAAGCAGCAGCGCUUCUGGAACAGCCAGAGCUGGAACGCUGGCGACACUCCCACCCCUCCCCCUCUACUCCCUUCGUUCUUCUCGAUGCUGGCUCGCAAGCGACAGCAAGCAUCCAGGACUGGCUCCGGAUCCACUUGCACCGGCUCGUCCGACGGGACACUCGUCUUGGCGGAGCGACAUGGGGACGGAGACUGCAAAGACUCAUAUCCGGCGCAGGGACAGGCGGGAGGAAGCUCGGACUUCACGGCGACUCCAAUAUCUCUCCACAAGACAGCAACGACGUCUGCGAUGGUCACAACUACGGUGUUCCCGCAAGUUGGUCUCCCCCUUGUCCCCUCGCAGACCAGUCCCAGUGUCGCGUCGACGUUGCCGUACACACUGCCUGUCCCAUCGGACUCUGAUAUUAUCCUCUUACCAUCAGCAUCAGCAUUAUCAUCACUUCCCUCAUCGCCCGCAUUAUCAUCAUUAGCAUCUCAUCACGCGCUCUCCCGUCCCCAGCUCCUCGCCGCGGUCCUCACCCCCAUCCUCAUCCUCCUCGUCCUCUUCGCGGUCCUCGCGUCCCGCCUCCUGUACAACCGCCGCCGCCGCACGCGCGACCGCCAGGAGUGGGUCCGCACGCACCGCGAGAUCGCGGACGCCGUGCGCGAGCGGCAGGCGGGCGCCGGGACGCCCGUACGCUGGGGGCUGGGCGGACUCGGCUACAAUGCCGCGCAGGCCGAGGCUGGGGAGAGCCAGAUGCGGCUCGUCGACGGCCGCGAGAGCGGGGUUACGUGAGUGAAGAGAAGAAAUGUGCGUGUGUGGUUGCGCGCGCGGAAUCGCUGAGUGGUGUAUGUUAUAUUAUUUUGUAAGUAUGGAUGAAGCAAAGAAUCGGAUCCCACCAGGAGGUCUCUCUUUGGUCACGCUUGGGAUAAUGAUUGACGGGGUUCCCAAAAUGGUAGACCGAGCCCCUAGCAAAGGUCACCGAGUCUUCGAGCGGUCAUAGAAUUCCUAAAAUUGAACCAG